GGCAUUUUGAAAUACACCAUUUGGUUUGGAAAAUCGCGGUUAAUUUGUAAGGAUUAGUAUAAUUACAAGUGUGUAACAUAAAGUCUUAAGCUAGUUAAUUCAAUUGAAAUGGCAGAUUUACAAAUUGUUCCGGCUUACAAGAGUGUUGAGCCUCAAUAUGUGGAGAUGAAGGUUCCUCUAUAUUCUUUUGGCUGUGAAAGGAAAGUGAAGAAGGCUUUGAGUAAUUUAAGAGGAAUAUACUCAGUAAAUGUUGAUUAUGAGCAACAGAAGGUGACAGUAUGGGGAAUAUGCAACAAAUAUGAUGUGCUAGCAACUAUCAAGAAUAAGAGAAAAGAUGCUCAGUUUUGGAAUCCUGAAGACAACAUUAAAUUGGAAGAAACUGAGGAUAAUUACAGGAUUAGUAGUAAUAUUAAUAGUAAUGCCAUUUUAACUAAAGCCAAGUCUUUUAGUUAUAGAGCUUUGAGAAAAGUAUUUAACAGAUCUCAAUCUUUCUAAACAAUGAUAGGUAUUGUAUUUAGAUAGAUUGAGCAAUUUGAUUGAUCAUUUCCUUCGAAAAUUUAUGAACUGUAUUUCUCAAUCUCUUGCCACUAUCUAAAUUUCACCUCACCUGUUAUGGAUUUAUGACAUUAACAUCUAUACUGUGGUAUGUAAAUAAAUAAUGUAGAGCCAAAAAUUUAUCUCAUGUCAGAAAAAAUGUAAUAUUCUUGUUUGCAAUAGAAUUACUUUUUUUUUUUUCCUUUAAUUUAUUGGUAAAUUUUACUAUCAAUGUCUCACAUGUCUUGAAUUGACUCAAAUUGGGUUAGGACUUAAGGACAAAUGCGACUUAUUCGUUUACCAUUUGGAUAUCAACCUUGUGUACAAGAAUAAAGUAUUAUGGGAGGUUAAAAAUUAACCCCUAAUGAGAGUGAAGAAUAGCUCAAAUAGUUAGAGUUUCUUUUCCGGUUCUAGGUGAUCAUCAGAUCAAUUCUCAUUACUCGCCCUUGUGGCUCUCUUAACACCAAAAAAAAAUUAAAAAAUAACCCCUAAUAAGUAAGUUAGAAGUAGCCAUACAAGAUUUAUUUGAGCAUAAAGACGUGACAAUAACCCAAAUCACAUACCCAAUAUUCAUUCUUCAAUGUCGCUAAAGUCAGUAAACAGAUUAAACCAUACAUCC